CUACUGCUAAGUCAUCACCCUGUAAGAGCUUGCUUAGCUGUGAUCUCAUGAAAGGAGCCUCCUGCUUCCCUCCCCUUUAAUCUUGGUUUAUUGUUAGCAUUAAUCCCUGUAGACCUGUAGGAGCUGAACAGGCAAGUCAGAGAACAGAAGUUCCUUCGUUUUGGUCUGGGGAAAUUUCAGCUUUAACUCUGGAGAAGAUGGGUUGCAAACAAGAGGAUGACAGCACUUCUUGGAAGAAACCAACUGCCAACAUCAGAAAAACAUUCAUUUUCAUGGAAGUACUUGGAUCAGGGGCCUUUUCGGAAGUUUUCCUGGUGAAGCAUAGAACCACUGGCAAGCUUUUUGCUUUGAAGUGCAUUAAAAAGUCACCAGUCACCCAGGACAGCAACCUGGAGAAUGAAAUAGCUGUGCUGAAGAAAAUAAAGCAUGACAACAUAGUAACACUUGAGGACAUUUAUGAAAGUACAACUCACUAUUACCUGGUAAUGCAGCUAGUGUCUGGAGGAGAAUUAUUUGACCGUAUUUUAGAACGAGGUGUUUACACUGAAAAGGAUGCUAGUAUUGUAAUUCAGCAAGUUCUGGAAGCAGUGCAUUAUCUUCAUGGAAAUGGGAUAGUACAUAGAGAUCUAAAGCCUGAAAAUUUACUCUACCUAACUCCAGAAGAGGACUCCAAAAUUAUGAUAACAGAUUUUGGUUUGUCUAAAAUGGAACAGAAUGGCAUCAUGUCUACAGCAUGUGGAACUCCAGGAUAUGUUGCUCCAGAAGUGUUAGAACAAAAGCCAUACAGCAAAGCUGUGGAUUGCUGGUCAAUUGGAGUUAUUACCUACAUCCUCCUGUGUGGAUACCCUCCUUUCUAUGAAGAAACAGAGUCCAAAUUGUUUGAGAAGAUCAGAGAAGGAUACUUCGAAUUUGACUCUCCAUUUUGGGAUGAUAUCUCUGAAUCAGCCAAAGAUUUCAUUUCUCAUUUACUCGAGAAGGAUCCAAAUAAGAGACUUACCUGUGAGAAAGCCCUCAGGCAUUCCUGGAUUGAUGGAAACACGGCCCUCUACUGUGACAUCUAUCCAUCUGUCAGUGUACAGAUCCAAAAAAAUUUUGCAAAAAGCAAGUGGAAGCAAGCCUUCAAUGCUGCAGCUGUGGUCCAUCAUAUGAAGAAACUACACAUGAAUGGUCAUCAUGCAGAGGACAAUGUCAAAAGCCAAGUACAAGUACAAAUUCCAUCAAAGCCUAAUACAUCAUCCAUUACUUACAAGGAACAAUCAAGUCAAGACACCAAGAAUUUGAUCCCUGUAUUAUCCUAUCAGAAUACUUCAGAUCUUCGUGACCUACAUGCCAAGAAGACAGAAAGCAAAUAUUUAGAUAACCCAGGGGGCACAUCAGUCCAUAUGACUUCUGUAACUACAAUAGACAGCCAGAGCCAUCCAAGCAGACCUUCAGUUAGCUGUACUCCAGAAGGUGGGAUGCGUGACAAAGUGAAGGCGACUUUUUGCUCAGAAGCAGUACUCAUAAAAAGAGAUGCCAAGACACAUCACUUCAACUCAGAAGUCAUUGUUCCAGUCAAAGCCACUAAUCACACCUAUUUUGGCAGUGGGCCAACUGGUGUUUGCUUGGUAAUGUGAUUGAAAAAAACCCUACCAUAAGUAUAAAACAUAUACCUUACAGAAGGGCUGCUUGAUACUCCUAUUGAAAACUGACCAUCAAAAAUCAACGAUGCAGAAAAGGAAGGCCUGCUUUGAACAAUGCCAUGGAGGAUUGUGUUCCUAGAUGCCCAUAGCCGAUAUUUUCUAUACAGCACAUCCAUAGAACUGAGAGUUCAUAUGUUCAACUAUCUUGAAAUAUUAGAGGGUUGUUUCAUAUAAACUGGAAAACAAUUCUUAAAAGAAAGGUUCUGUAAUCAGUGGAUAAACACAAUCAAACUCUUUCCUUUAUCGGGAGGGUGGGGAUACAUGUUUGUACAUCUGUGCUUGUUCAGUAGAAUAAAGAGCAAUUGCAAGGGGUGCAGUGUUGUUUUUGUGUUGAGUCCAUUAGAGCAGUUGGUUGAAGCAGAAAAUAUCCCGUGCUGGCUUGCUUGUGGCCCUUUAAUUCAUAAUACAGAAGCAAUUUGCUCAGAGUGCUUGUUGACACUGCCAUUUGUUCCAGCACAGUUUGCAUGAGUUGAUUCCACAGGAAGGAAGGGGGCACUGUCUCUACUUCAUUCAUUAAUUUCUGCUUGUCAGUUCUGGAAUUGUACAUGUAAUAUACAUUGUUCAAUAAAGUUUGUCGGUUCUUAAA